AUUGCUUGAAAAAUUUGGCCGUCGCCAUCAUCUUCUUGGUGCUUGAUGCUUUAUCAAAGCCGGGUGUUGUGGCAAUCUAGUUGCUGUUGUCGCCAAGAUAAGAGCUGCUGUAUAGCUAGUACUUAGUUUUAUUAAUAAUCCAAUCCACCAUGACAGGAAGAGAUCCCUUCCCCAUGAGCUCUCCGGAGGCUCAAAAACUGGCUGGAGAAUCAGGAGAAGAGGGAAACUGGCAUUCCAUGUCCACUCAGUCAGCGCAUCAAGGACCGAGAGACACAUCCGUGGUGGACGGCGCCGAAGAGGAUGGUCUCGUUUCCUCCAAAAAGAAGUCGACUGGCAAUAUCUACGAUGAUGCCGACGUAUUGGAAGAAAAGGAACGAGGAGACCCGUUCUUGGAUACCCCUUUAUCGGAUACCCGUGGAACACGAUUCGAGCGGGCAUUGGCCGCCAAUAUUCGAUUCCUCGAACGCAUCUAUCACAAUCUCUAUGGGGACUCGUUGCCUCCGUCCGAAAUGAUCCGGACAUUGACAUUGGCAUCGACGCUCUUUUUCAUGAUUGGGGGAUACUGGCUAUUGCGAUCUCUCAAAGACCCCGUAUUGACGGCUCUCUGUGGCGUUGCAGUCAUUCCCAAGGCAAAAAUGCUCUCGGUCUUUGUCGUACUGGGAGUGGUGUCCAUCUACAACAAAUUGCUAGACUCGGACAUCCCCAAGCAUCACUUAUUCUACAUCUUUGGAACCUUUUAUUUUGGACUCUUUACCAUCAUUUCGUUUUUGCUCAUGCAUCCCACCAUUGGACUCGCCAAUCAACAACCCGAUCCAUCCAGAAUAUUGGGAUGGAUCAGUUACUGUUCGAUCGAAUCUUUUGGAUCCGUCAUGGUCAGCUUGUUCUGGUCCUUUGCCAAUUCCAAUAUUUCUCUGGAAACCGCAAAGGCCAGUUAUGGCGUCAUGGUGGCAGCGGCCCAAGUCGGAUCCAUCAUUGGCCCGACCAUUGUCAAACAAUUCGCCGCCAAAAUUGGAGUCGCACACUGCUACCUGGUGGGAGCACUCUGUAUGCUCAUGUUGCAAUGCACCAUGUACACGUACAUUAAUCGUUAUGGAUCUGCCGAGCGAAAUGCAUCCGAUGGUGGGGCUGCUGCGGGCAAACAGAAAAAGAAGGAAAAGGCGGGUGUCACGGAAGGACUGUACUUGUUUUGGGACCACAACUACGUCAAGGGAAUCUUUGCCAUUAGUUGCCUCUUCAUGGUCGAAGUCACGAUUGUCGAUUAUACUAUGAAAGUCCUGGCCCGGGAUUUCUUUGCCGACAAAUUCCCUUGCGAAAGAGGAAUGAGCUGUUUCAAUGCUGUCACGGGAGAACAUGGCAUGUCGGAGGCGUCAACGGAAGCGUUCACUUCCUUUAUGGGGUUCUUUGGGCAAGCCACCAAUACGCUGUCGUUUCUCAUGAGUUUGCUGGGCACAAGUGCCAUCAUCCGAUACUUGGGAUUGCGCAUGACGUUGCUCCUGUUCCCAACGCUUUGCCUUGCUGUCAUUAUCUUUGUCAGAUUGCACCCAACUUUGUAUGUUGUCUUUGGCGCCAUGAUGAUGCUCAAGGCAAGUUCCUAUGCCCUCAACAACCCCACCAAAGAGAUGCUCUAUCAACCCACCAGUUCGGCCGUCCGGUACAAGGCCAAGAGUUGGAUCGAUAUCUUUGGCGCGCGUGGUUCCAAGGCCCUGGGAAGUGUUGUGACGAACGCGUUUUCCGACUCGGCCAAAAACCUUGUGGCGAAUGGUAGUUUGGUGGGAAUGGCAGUAGCGACCUUUUUGAUUUGGAACGCAACCUACAUGGGCAAGACAUUUGACGAGUACACGGAAAUGGGUUACAUUGUUGGCGGUGAUACCAAUCAACCCAUGCAAACGCGAGAGGCCGCAGAGCAAGAGAGUAUCCAAUUGGCCAUUGUGCAAAACGAAGUGCCAGACACGAGCUGUGCUAUGGUGGAGGACGACGAUGAGAUUGGCCCCUUGGAGGAGGGUCAGUCGGAUGAAUCGGGUGGAAGCAAGGACGAGGAAGAUGAGGAAGCAGAGACAAGCAAACUCCUGUAGUUAGAGAGGACAUGACAGAAAAGGUGUUGGCGACAUGUACAUGUACAGACGACAAGUAAGUAAACAUCAACUAAAUGGGUUAUUCUUAUUAAAAGCGUGAUAGAGUAGGAGCAUUCAUCACAGCAGAGUAAUAAGCUUCAUACAUAGCUUUCAUCUGUUUGUAGACGUUGAAACAAAU